GAAGUGUUUGGAGUUUAGACUACACCAUUUGAAGAAUAGAGAAAGUAGUAAUGGCGACCAUUGGCAUUCAUUAUCUUCUGUUGUGGCUUCCUCUCUUCCUUGGGGACCUGUUUCCCUUAAGGACCAAUGGCCAAACUCAUGGUUGGCUUCCUGGUCAUGCAACUUCCUAUGGAUCCACUCAAAACCCCACCUCUCUUGGUGGAGCUUGUGGUUAUGACAACACCUUUCAUGCGGGUUUUGGCAUAAAUACUGCAGCAUUGAGUGGUGCACUCUUCCAAGGUGGUGAGACCUGUGGUGCAUGCUUUCAAGUAACGUGCAAUGCGCGCCUUGACCCAAAAUGGUGCCUACGCCGUGCCGUUGUUACUGUGACCACGACCAACUUCUGCCCGCCCAACAAUAAUGGAGGAUGGUGUGAUCCCCCUCACCGGCACUUUGACAUGUCCACGCCUGCUUUCUUUCGAAUUGCUCGACAAGGUGAUGAAGGCAUUGUUCCAAUCCUCUAUAGAAGGGUGCCAUGCCGGAGGAGGGGAGGGGUUCGUUUCACCUUGAAGGGGAAAUUCAAUUACAAUUUGGUGAUGAUCUCUAACGUGGGUGGGUGUGGAGCUAUUAAAGAUGCAUGGGUUAAAGGAUCCGGAAGAUGGGUGGCCAUGCACAGAAACUGGGGAGCAAACUGGCAAAGCAGCAUAGAUCUUCAGAACCAAAGGCUGUCUUUCAAGCUCACCUUGGUUGAUGGCAAAACCCUUGAAUUCUACAAUGUUGUGCCAUCAACAUGGAGAUUUGGACAAACGUUUGCUUCGCAACAGCAGUUCUCUUGAUAGCUAGCACGUUCAGCCCCUUUUCUUCAUUUGGUUUCCUAGCUACCAUACCUUGUAAGCUAAUGUAUAGUGGAGUGAUCUCUAGUUCUGUUUUUUUUUUUAUAUGAAUAAUGAAUUUGAAUAAAUAGCUAUUUGGUAUGUCUGAA